UAGCCGCUGCGACGCCGCUGCCUUUCACAGCUCCGGUCCGUCGCAUCGGGGACAUCCGAGCCUUCCGACCCCCCGGCCUGAACCACCCGCCUCCCAGCGCCGGUCACUCGACGUCGGUCCCGUGUCAUGAGACAGAGCAGCCGCUCGGCCCGUUGAUUUGUCUGAUCGUUGAUAUUCUGACCGGUUUGGCGGGACGAGAGAAUCCGAGACGAGCUAACGGCUAAGAGAGCUAGCGGCUAACGCGGAGCUAGCGCGGAGCUAACGGGGAGCUAACGGCUAACGGGGAGCUAAACUCAGCUAGCCGCCGUCAUGGAGGACAAGUCCUUCACCAAGGAGCUGGACCAGUGGAUCGAGCAGCUCAACGAGUGCAAGCAGCUGUCGGAGAACCAGGUCCGGACGCUGUGUGAGAAGGCCAAGGAGAUUCUGACCAAGGAGUCCAACGUCCAGGAGGUUCGAUGCCCGGUGACGGUGUGCGGCGACGUCCACGGUCAGUUCCACGACCUGAUGGAGCUGUUCAAGAUCGGAGGAAAGUCUCCCGACACCAACUACCUGUUCAUGGGAGACUACGUGGACAGAGGCUACUACUCCGUGGAGACGGUCACGCUGCUCGUCACGCUAAAGGUUCGUUUCCAGGAGCGAAUCACCAUCCUUCGAGGGAACCACGAGUCGCGGCAGAUCACGCAGGUCUACGGCUUCUACGACGAGUGCCUGAGGAAGUACGGCAACGCCAACGUCUGGAAGUACUUCACAGACCUGUUCGACUACCUGCCCCUCACCGCGCUGGUGGACGGACAGAUCUUCUGUCUCCACGGAGGUUUGUCUCCCUCCAUAGACACUCUGGAUCACAUACGAGCUCUGGACCGCCUGCAGGAAGUCCCACAUGAGGGUCCCAUGUGUGACCUGCUGUGGUCCGACCCCGAUGAUCGUGGUGGGUGGGGCAUCUCCCCCCGAGGAGCCGGCUACACCUUCGGACAGGACAUCUCUGAAACCUUCAACCACGCCAACGGCCUCACUCUGGUGUCCCGCGCCCAUCAGCUGGUCAUGGAGGGCUACAACUGGGGCCAUGACAAGAACGUGGUGACCAUCUUCAGUGCUCCAAACUACUGCUACCGCUGUGGAAACCAGGCAGCCAUCAUGGAACUGGACGACACUCUGAAAUACUCUUUCCUUCAGUUUGACCCCGCCCCCCGCCGCGGCGAGCCCCAUGUGACCAGACGCACUCCCGACUACUUCCUGUGAAUGUCCAAAGCCAUCCCUGUCAAUCAUCCACGAAGCUCCGCCCCCCUGCCCCCACCCCACCCCUCUCAUUCUGGAUGGAAAGAAGAUAUUAAUAAUAAUAUUACUGUACCAGGGAGAAUAGAAAACAAACGAUUGGCUGACGAACCAAGAUUUUAACAAAAAGAGAGAAACCUAAAGAGCGGCCCCCUCUAGUCUUGUUUUCAAUAUGCUGUCAUUAAUGCUGUGCUUCUGGGGAAAAACAACAACUAUGAUCUGUUUUCUUUUUUUUGUUUUUGUUUAUUACAUGUUUGAAAACGAGAUAAUAAAACUACCAACGUGGACCAAAUGUGCCAUAUUCUGAUCCUUUUACAACAUGUACGACGCGCGCCGUUUCUUUUUGUUUUUCUGUUUUCUUUUUUUUUUAGACUAUAGCCCUUCCUACCUGACGACGUCACCGACACACCACUCUUCUUCUUCUUCUUCUUAUUCUUCUUCUUCUUCUUCUUCUUCUUCUCCUCUUUCUUCUUCAUGGCAUAUGUGCUUUUUUUUUUUUCUGUUGCAAGAAUAAUUUUAAAAAAUGAGGAAAAAAAAAAACAGGAAAAACAAAGUUUGCUUCAAGUAGAAGAGCUGUCAGUUCUAGCUGUCCAGGCUGCAGCCGGCGGUCAUCUCAGCAAGUAUAUUACUGUAAUUUGAAUAAAGACAACAGACGUAUGAAAUAAAAAUGUCCUAUUGACAAACUACU